GGAGUGGCCACGCCGCUCCCCACCUUUAACUUGCCGGGGCUCUGGAGAAGGCCGGCCACGCCCCCUGCGCCUCGUGACGUCACUCCCGCGCCGCUGGGAGCGUGUUCCACCUGGUUCCCGGGAUCUGAACGGUCUCGCGGACUGCCCCUCAGCCCAGCUUCGGCCACUACUCCCCGUGGUCGAGCUACAGGGUGGCCCCGUGCGUGUCCUAAAAGCUGGAGAGUCGCGGACGGAGAGAGGCGUGUGUGCAGCUUCGCGCGGGCUCUGGAAGGCCCGCUCUGCGUGGCGGGUGAGGCGAGGGUGGACGCACCGCUGUCUGCGGGUCCUCGGAGCUCGUCGCAGGAAUUGCUUCAUCAUGAGAAAUCUAAAGUUAUUUCGGACCCUGGAGUUCAGGGAUAUUCAGGCUCCGGGGAAACCUCAGUGCUUCUCUCUCCGAACUGAACAGAGGAUGGUGCUCAUUGGCUCAGACAUUGGACUGAUAGAAGUAGACCCUGUCACAAGAGAAGUGAAAAAUGAAAUUUCUUUAGUGGCUGAAGGCUUUCUUCCAGACGAUGGAAGUGGCUGCAUUGUUGGUGUUCAGGACUUGCUGGAUCAGGAGUCUGUGUGCGUGGCCACAGCCUCCGGAGAUGUCAUACUCUGCAAUCUCAGCACGUGCCAGCUGGAAUGUGUUGGGAGUGUGGCCAGUGGUAUCUCUGUCAUGAGUUGGAGUCCUGACCAAGAGCUGGUGCUUCUUGCUACAGGUCAACAGACCCUAAUUAUGAUGACAAAAGACUUUGAACCAAUCAUGGAACAGCAGAUCCACCAGGAUGAUUUUGGUGAAAGCAAGUUUAUCACUGUUGGAUGGGGCAGGAAGGAGACGCAGUUCCACGGAUCGGAAGGCCGGCAAGCGGCCUUUCAGGUGCAAAUGUACGAGUCGGCUUUGCCCUGGGAUGACCAUAGACCACAAGUGACGUGGCGUGGUGACGGCCAGUUUUUUGCUGUGAGUGUUGUUUGCCCAGAGACAGGAGCUCGGAAGGUCAGAGUUUGGAACCGAGAAUUUGCUUUGCAGUCGACCAGUGAGCCUGUGGCAGGACUGGGACCAGCUCUGGCUUGGAAGCCCUCAGGUAGUUUGAUUGCAUCUACCCAAGAGAAACCCAAUCAGCAGGAUAUUGUGUUCUUUGAGAAAAAUGGCCUUCUUCAUGGACAUUUUACGCUUCCUUUCCUCAAAGAUGAGGUUAAGGUAAAUGGCCUGCUCUGGAAUGCAGAUUCCACUGUGCUUGCAGUUUGGCUGGAAGACCUUCAGAGGGAAGAAAAGUGCACGCUACAAACCUAUGUGCAGCUCUGGACUGUGGGGAACUAUCACUGGUAUCUCAAGCAGAGUCUGCCCUUCAGCACCUGCGGGAAGAGCAAGCUCGUGUCUCUGAUGUGGGACCCGGUGACCCCGUCCCGGCUGCACGUUCUGUGUCAGGGCUGGCGUUACCUCUGCUACGACUGGCACUGGACGACUGACCGGAGCUCGGGAGACAAUUCUAGUGACAUGGCAAAUGUCGCUGUCAUUGAUGGAAACAGGGUAUUGGUGACAGUCUUCCGACAGAGUGUGGUUCCACCUCCCAUGUGCACAUACCAACUGCUGCUCCCACACCCUGUGAAUCAGGUCGUGUUCUCUGCACACCCCCAGAAGAGUAACGACCUUGCAGUCCUGGACGCCAGUAACCAGAUUUCUGUUUAUAAAUGUGGUGAUAGUCCAAGUGUGGAUUCUACAGUGAAGCUGGGAGCUGUGGGUGGAAAUGGAUUUAAAGUUUCUCUUAGAACACCUCAUCUGGAAAAGAGAUACAAAAUUCAGUUUGAGAAGGGUGAAGAUCAAGAAGGAAACCCUCUGAAGCUCAGCCUUCUCACCUGGAUUCAAGAAGACGUUUUCUUGGCUGUAAGCCAUAGUCCGUCCGGCGUACAGUCUGUCAUUCACCAUCUGACUGUGGCCCCUUCCGAGAUGGAUGACGACCACGGACAACUCAGUAUCAGUUCAUCUGUGACAGUGGAUGGAAUCAUCAUCAGUCUGUGUUGCAAUUCCAAGACCAAGUCAGUAGCAUUGCAGCUGGCUGGUGGCCAGAUACUUAAGUACUUUUGGGAGUCACCCUCUCUGGCUGUGGAGCCAUGGAAGAACUCCGGUGGAUUUCCUGUUCAGUUUCCUUAUCCAUGCACACAGACUGAAUUGGCCAUGAUUGGAGGAGAGGAAUGUGUCCUUGGUCUGAGUGAUAGGUGUCGCUUUUUCAUCAAUGACACAGAGGUUGCUUCAAAUAUCACAUCAUUUGCAGUGUAUGGUGAAUUCUUGUUGUUGACAACACAUUCCCAUACCUGCCAGUGUUUUUGCUUGAGAGAUGCUUCAGUUAACGCAUUACAUGCAGGUCUGAGCAGCAGCCAUCUGUCUAAAGGGGAGUCUCUGCGGAAGGUGGAGAGGGGUUCACGUAUUGUCACUGUCGUGCCCCAGGACACAAAGCUUAUAUUACAGAUGCCAAGGGGAAACUUAGAAGUUGUUCAUCAUCGAGCUCUGGUUUUAUCUCAGAUUCGGAAGUGGCUGGACAAACUUAUGUUUAAAGAAGCGUUUGAAUGUAUGAGGAAACUAAGAAUUAAUCUCAAUCUGAUUCAUGACCACAACCCUAAGGUGUUUCUUGAAAAUGUGGAAACCUUCAUAAGACAGAUUGACUCUGUAAAUCAUAUUAAUUUGUUUUUCACAGAAUUGAAGGAAGAAGAUGUUACAAAGACCAUGUAUCCUGCGCCAGUUGCCAGCACUGUCCAGCUGUCCAAGGAUUCCGAUGGGAAAAAAGUAGACGUUGUCUGUGACGCUCUGAGAGCAGCCAUGGAGAGCAUAAACCCCCACAAGUACUGCCUGUCCAUACUCACCUCUCAUGUAAAGAAAACAACCCCAGAGCUGGAGAUUGUGCUACAGAAGGUCCACGAGCUUCAAGCCAGCGCUCCACCUGUUCCCGACGCCGUGAGUGCCGAGGAAGCCCUGAAGUAUUUGCUGCUUCUGGUAGACGUCAAUGACUUAUAUGAUCAUUCUCUUGGGACCUACAACUUUGAUUUGGUCCUCAUGGUAGCUGAGAAGUCACAGAAGGAUCCCAAAGAAUAUCUUCCAUUUCUUAAUACACUUAAGAAAAUGGAAACUAAUUAUCAGCGGUUCACCAUCGAUAAAUACCUGAAACGCUAUGAAAAAGCCAUUGGCCACCUCAGUAAAUGUGGAUCCGAGUACUUCCCAGAAUGCUUAAACUUAAUAAAAGAUAAAAACUUGUAUAAGGAAGCUCUGAAGUUCUAUCCGUCAGACUCUCAACAGUACAAGGAUAUCAGCAUUGCUUACGGGCAACACCUGACACAGGAGCGCCUCUAUGAGCCGGCAGGGCUUGUGUUUGCCCGCUGCGGUGCUCAUGAGAAAGCUCUCGAUGCCUUUCUGGCGAGUGGCAGCUGGCAACAAGCUCUCUGCAUGGCAGCCCAGCUUAACUUGACCAAAGACCAGCUGGCUGGCCUCGGCAGAACUCUGGCAGGAAAGCUGGUUGAGCAGAGGAAGCACAGUGACGCAGCCACAGUCUUGGAACAGUAUGCCCAGGAUUAUGAAGAAGCUGUGCUCUUAUUACUAGAAGGAGCUGCCUGGGAAGAAGCUCUGAGACUGGUUUACAAAUAUAACAGACCAGAUAUAAUAGAAACCAACAUAAAGCCUUCCAUUUUAGAAGCCCAGAAGAAUUAUAUGGCACUUCUGGACUCUCAGACAGCCACAUUCAAUCGCCAUAAAAACCGUUUAUUGGUGGUUCGAGAUCUCAAGGAGCGGGCACAGCAGGUGAAUCUGGAUAAUGAGCUGCCCCAGGGCCAAGAGUCAGACCUCUUCUCUGAAACUAGCAGUGUCAUGAGUGGCGGUGACACGAGCAGCAGAUAUUCCCACAGCAACUCCAGGAUAUCCGCGCGAUCAUCUAAGAAUCGCCGCAAAGCAGAGCGGAAGAAGCAUAGCCUCAAAGAAGGGAGUCCGCUGGAGGAUCUGGCCCUUUUGGAGGCCCUCAGUGAAAUUGUACAGAGCACUGAAAAAUUGAAAGAGGAAGUAUACCAUAUUUUAAAGGUGCUCUUUCUCUUUGAGUUUGAUGAGCAAGGAAGGGGAUUACAGAAGGCCUUUGAAGAUACCCUCCAGCUGAUGGAAAGGUCACUUCCAGAAAUUUGGACUCUCACCCACCAGCAGAAUUCAGCUACACCUGUUCUAGGUCCUGAUUCUACUGCAAACAGUAUCAUGGCUUCUUAUCAACAACAGAAGACUUCAGUUCCUGUUCUUGAUGCUGAGCUUUUUAUACCCCCAAAGAUCAACAGAAAAACCCAGUGGAAACUGAGUCUUCUAGAGUGAAUGACCCCAGCAGAGGUGGUUCUCCUUUCCCUUCUCUUCGGGGCCUGGCCGUCAGGAGCUGGGAAGAGUAAGAUAGCGGUCUGCCUUAGCAGCCUGGAGAGCUGCUCCAUACAGCAGACCUAACCAGACACCAAGCAGUUCUGCUUUAUUUUGCGUAUAAUUUUAAUUAGCAAAACCUUACGCUUUAACCAGUAUUGCAGCAUUUUGUAAGAAUUACUGCUCUUUUGUUUAGUGCUGUUCAAGAGUGUGUUUCCGGUAUUUAUAGCACCGAGAAGACUGUCUUUUAUUCCCAGCUACCAGUCCCAUUCAUUUUGGGACCUUUGGCAAGUCACAUAAUUAACUGCUUCGUGCCUCAGUUAAUUGGGAAUAAUGUUUCAUGGCUCCUACCUCAAAAGUGUGAGGAAAAGAAAAUAAUGUUUUUUAAAUAUUUUAUGUUCUGGGAGGAGAGCAUUAUGUAUAAACAACAUGGCUAUUUGUGCUACCAACAGUUGGUGAAAUUGAAUCACUUAAAUGACUUCUUCACCUGGAACUAAAGCAGAAUAAAAAGCUAAAUAUAUCCUUUGAAAUUCUAAGCUUUCCUAUGCUGACAGCUGUUUACUUUGUAAUCUCGUACCACAUCACGUGCUUCCAGUUAGAACUGUAUUGAGCUCCUAGCACUGCAAUGUCCACAGGGACUCUUUCUACUGCCUGUGAAUUUUCUGUGAGGGAUUUAGCAGUAUUAGAGCUGGCGCACAUGAGCAUGUCGGAAACAGUAUCAUGCACAUUGAGUAUGGUGAACGGUGUGCACGAUUGUUGAGUUAUUCCUUUUUUCUCCAAGUAAUUGCUGCUAUUAACUAAAAGGUUUUUGUCCGUGUCAAGGCCAUUUCAUUUAUUUUUCCUUAUGGUGCUUCACUGACCUGUUUUAGUUGCUUUCUUUGGAAAAAUAUGAGAAUGUUUCUCUUUUGGAUUAAUCUAGAAAAAGCUCAGUUCAUUUUGACAA